AUGGCCCCGCCUCGGACGUCUCGUGGAAAGAGCUCCAAGCAGAAACAUGAUUCUGGACGGACGUUGAAGCGCAAGCGCGGCGAGGAUGAGCUCGUCUCGCUCACUCAGAAGGUGGAAGAUCUGGAUCUCAAGGCGGCUGUCAAAAACUUCUCCGACUUGCCUCUCUCCGAUCCCACGGCGCGGGGGCUUGCCGCCUCUCAUUACAAAACCCUGACCGACAUUCAGUCUCGCGCAAUUCCCCACGCGCUCAAGGGUCGCGACAUUCUCGGUGCCGCCAAAACAGGCAGCGGCAAAACCCUGGCGUUCUUGGUCCCUGUGCUGGAGAACCUCUAUCGCAAACGAUGGACAGAAUACGAUGGAUUGGGGGCCUUGAUCCUUGCACCAACCCGUGAACUUGCUAUCCAGAUCUUCGAAGUGCUGCGCAAAGUCGGCCGAUUCCACACUUUCUCUGCUGGCCUGGUGAUUGGUGGAAAGAGCUUGCGUGAGGAACAGGAACGUUUGGGACGGAUGAACAUUUUGGUCUGCACACCGGGACGGAUGCUCCAGCAUCUGGAUCAGACCGCUAUGCUGGAGAGCCACAAUCUGCAGCUGUUGGUGAUGGAUGAAGCCGAUCGAAUUCUGGACAUGGGAUUCCAGAAAACGGUGGAUGCCAUUAUCGAUCACAUUCCCAAGGAGCGCCAGACGAUGCUGUUCAGUGCCACACAAACCAAGAAAGUGGGAGAUCUCGCCCGCCUGAGCCUCCAGGAUCCCGAAUACGUUGCGGUCCACGAAACUGCCACCGCGGCGACCCCGGCCACCCUUCAGCAACACUACACCAUCACCCCGUUGCCGUCGAAGCUCGAUAUUCUGUGGAGUUUUAUCCGCAGCAACCUCAAAUCCAAAACCAUUGUAUUCCUUUCAUCGGGAAAGCAGGUUCGAUUCGUGUACGAGUCCUUCCGCCACCUGCAGCCGGGUAUCCCCUUGAUGCACCUCCACGGGAAGCAAAAGCAGGGCGGUCGACUCGACAUCACCACAAAAUUCUCUCAGUCCCAGCAUGCCGUACUCUUCGCGACAGAUGUGGCGGCUCGCGGUCUCGAUUUCCCCGCUGUGGACUGGGUCAUCCAGGUCGACUGCCCCGAGGAUUGCGAUACAUACAUUCACCGAGUCGGCCGUACUGCUCGUUACGAACGUGUUGGUCGCGCGGUGCUGUUCUUGGAUCCCAGCGAGGAAAAGGGCAUGCUCAAACGGCUCGAGCAGAAGAAAGUUCCUAUCGAGAAAAUCAACAUCAAGGCCAACAAGCAGCAGAGCAUCAAAAACCAAUUACAAAAUAUGUGUUUCAAGGACCCAGAGUUGAAGUAUCUGGGCCAGAAGGCCUUUAUCUCUUACGUCAAAUCUAUUUAUGUGCAGAAAGAUAAGGAGAUCUUUAACCUGAAAGAGCUGAAGCUGGACGACUAUGCCGCCAGUCUGGGGCUUCCGGGUGCACCCCGCAUCAAGUUCAUCAAGGGAGACGACACAAAGGAGCGAAAGAAUGCGUCCUGGAGGAUGGCUCACCUCACUGAUUCCGAGGCUGAAUCUGGUGAAGAGGGGCAGGGCCAGAAGAGCAAGAAGAGUGAAAAGGAAGUACGCACUCGCUACGAUCGCAUGUUUGAGCGACGGAACCAGGAUGUGCUUGCUGGGCAUUACUCCAAGCUUAUCAAUGAUGACGGUACUAUGAUUGACACGGGCGCUGCUGGUGCCGCCGCGGGUGAAGACGCCGACGAGGAUGCGGACUUCUUGUCGGUCAAGCGCAUCUACAGUGCUGGUGAUGUCGACCUGGGCAAGUCCGACUCGUCCGACUCGGAUGCUUCAAGUGACGACGAUGAGGAGGAGGAGAGGAAGACUGGAGCUGAUGGGGCCAAGGUCAUCCAGCUGGAUGACAAGAACCAGUUGGUUAUCGACUCCAAGCGUCGGGAGAAGCUGCUCAAAUCCAAGAAGAAGCUACUCAAGUUCAAGGGCAAGGGCACUCGGCUUGUGUAUGAUGACGAAGGCAACGCUCAUGAAGUUUACGAAAUGGAGGAUGAAGAAACAUUCAAGGCCCGUGGUGAUGCAGACACCCAGCGUGAGCGGUUCCUGGCUGAGGAGGCCGAGCGCACGCGCCGUGCCGAUCUGGAGGAUAAGGAGGUUGCGCGCGAAAAACGCCGUGAGAAGAAGGAGAAGCGGAAGGCUCGUGAGCGUGCCUUGGCUGCUGAGGGAGCAGCGGACGAUGACCACGAAGAGGGUGGACUUUCCACUCACGGAUUACCCUACGUUCCCUUCGAAAUCCCAGGAUCCGACUCUGCCUCCGAGGCCGAGGAACGAACCGAAUCAUCUCGCCCCAGCAAGAAGCAACGGGUCUCCUUCGCAUCGCCUGAUUCUGACAGCGAGGACGAGUCUCGACAGAAGUCAACGAAGGGCAAGAGAAACUCUGCGGCCCAGCCACAAAUUGAAACUUUGGGCGAUCUUGAGGCGCUGGCCAGUGGCCUGUUGGGCUGA